AUGAAGGCAAUGCCUCCCUCUUCAUCGUCUAUCAACAACAACAACAGCCUUUUCUUGGCUGUCAUUUCUCCUGCCAAGAAAAUUCGGGUUGAACUCAAGCUCAUUCCUUCCCCAACGACUAUUCAAAAAUACAUUAAUAAGAUUACUAGCAAUUUCUCAUCAUCUUCUCCUCCGAUGAUGGAAUUUGAUUAUGACCCGAACGUUCAUAAUAGCUAUGAUGGUUUCAUGAAAUCAUUACUAAACAAGAUCGGAGCAAAAGAGAAACGAGUGAUAUUGUCCAUAAAGUACAUGGAUCAUGAUGGAGAUUGGGUGAGUGUUUCUACUGAUGAGGAAUGGGUGUUAGCGGUUAAUGGCAAUUACGGAGCAAUAAUGAAUCCAAAUGCAUUGAUGGGUAAUAACUCCAAUUCAUCAAACAGAAUUCUUGAUAUUCAACUUACUGUUAGAAUGUUGAGCAGAGAUGAAUUGUUGACAAGAAAGGCCAGUUACAAGCUUGAGAAGAUGCAACAAAAAUUGCAAGAGAAGCUUGUUAAAAAAGAGAAGAAAAUUGCUAAGAGGCUCAACAAGUAUUUAAGCCCAACAAGCAUUGGAAAUAGCAAUGUCGAUGUUCCAACUGGGUUAAUAAUUUCUCCUACAGCAAGCUUAGAACAGGGAAAACCGUUUUCUCCAAUAAUGGCUGAACCCACUGCUCCUAUUUUUGAGCAUGAUAGAUCUGUCGACCAUGACAUAUCUCCAGAACUGUCUCCAAGAUAUAUCAAAAAAUUGGAGAAGAUUCAAAGAUGUCAAGAAAAGACGAAGGAAAGAGAAGCUAAACUUCUUGAAAAGCAAGAGCAUAAAGAACAGCUAAAAGAAGAAAAUCAAUUCAUUGCUACCGACGAUAUUGAGCUCUACAACCCUCAAACUCAGGAAUUUUCUCACAAACUCCCUCCAGAAAUUCACUAUAUUUUUAUUGAUGCAAAUAAUAUGCUUUAUAUCACUUAUGUAUUGAGAACUUUGGUCCUAUUCCAGAAAGACAAAGCAGGAGCUGAGAGGUUGCUAAUUUAUAUAGCAAGACUGUUCAAAAGCCAUAUGGAAGUUAUGCUCAACCACAAAUUUAUUUUGUUUAAUGUUUGCUUUGAUUCCACAAAUAACACAAUGACCGCUGACAAUGAGACAUUUGUUGUGUCAUCUGCCAGUGACAAUGGUUUCCAAAUCGCUGACGAUAUGCUUGCAGACAUUGCAAACAGACACCAUAUUGCUGGUACUUCGGAUAGUUGUCUGUUUGUAACAAGCGACCGUGGUUUGAGAAAGAGACUAAAAGAGUGUAAAACAAAAUGUGUUGGAUCUGGACAAUGGUUAAAAUUCUGCUAUUAUCAUUUGUGUGGAGAGACAGCAACAACAGACAUGAAUCAGUGGAUGUCACAACUAUUGCAUGAAAUGGAUUGA